AAUAUUCAACCUUAAGUCUACCGCAUGUGUUCUUUCAGCUGAGUGUAGAGCCGUAUCGUUGCGGUCAAUUUGAACAGGAUUGAAUCCUCGUGUUGUGAUGGCACUCGGUAGUGAAGUGAGUGAUAAUUCUGCAAAAAGUACUUCUCAAAAAGUGAAAAAAUGUACAGCGAACAAUUCAGUGAUUGACAAAAAUUUCAGUGACAAUGGUACCAUCAAAGUUGAAAAACAAGAUAAGCAAGUUAAGAUGAAGAAAGAUGUCUGCCCGAAGAUGGCAUCCGCCAGCAACGGUUAUGCUAACAGUCUUAACGGCCGCGCUGAUGACGAGGGUGGUGGCGAGAGUGGCACGCCGCGUGUUUCCUACGCGGCUGCCGCUCGUAAGCCAGUCUCGCCUCAGUCUAGUAACACUCCUGCAUCUUUUACGCUAAAUACAGAACACCAGAAGUCGAAGAUCAAUGUUGAAAAGGAAUCACAACAAAAAUUAAUAAAUUCUACAACAAACGUCAACGGUAUGGCUUCAAUAUCAAACGAUAUCGAAAUAAAUAAUUCUAAAUUAACUAUCAAAGAGCCAGCAGUAAAUGGCACGGAAAAAAGCACUGAGACCAUAACAAAUGGCGAUUCAAAAAACGUUUUAGAUUGUGAUACUAGAAGUAGUGAUAAUACUAAAGUAGUUGUAAACGGCAAUAAUAGUGAUUCCGAAGAAACUAAAUCUACGAAGUCGGAAGAAGAUCUUAAAACUGUUAUAGUAACAAAAUGUCCAAAUAAAACGGCCGUGAUGGACAAAAAGAAAGAACACAAGAAGAACAGGUCUUUGGAAAAGUGCAAUGACGCUGAAAAGAAGACUGCUCAAAUCGUAGUGGAGGAUAAAAAAGACAUUAGUUCAACUGUUAAUAUAAAUAAUGCCAUAGAAAAAAAUAAUAGCGAUUCAAAUAAAGUGGUUAAUGGCGAUAGAGAUAGGGAGUCCUCGCCUAGUGAAGAUGGUGAUGAAAAGAAAAGGGAUGCUGAGGUCGUGUUUAUACAAGACUUGGGUUUUACGGUUAAAAUCGUUAGCCCUGGAGCUGAACCAUUGGACAUACAAGUAUCAAGUAUGGAACUUGUACAAGAAAUACAUCAAGUACUGAUGGAUCGAGAAGAUACAUGUCAUCGAACGUGCUUUUCACUGCAACUGGAUGGAGUUACUUUGGAUAAUUUUGCCGAAUUGAAGAAUAUUGAAGGGCUAAAAGAAGGUUCUGUUAUUAAGGUGAUGGAAGAGCCGUACACAAUGCGAGAAGCACGUAUCCACGUUCGACAUGUUAGAGAUCUUCUGAAAUCCAUCGAUUAUACUGAUGCCUAUGCCGGUCAAGAGUGUAGUUCAUUGGCUUUUCUGAACGUCAUCACACAAGGAGAUAUUUUAGAAAAGAAGAAAUCUCGACCAGAAAGCGUGGACUGUACUCCUCCAGACUUCAUAAUGCCGUCCAGCACGGAGCGUCCACUGUUGCCGCUACACCCCGGACUCACUAAAGAGAACAAGGCUCCUCAGUGUCUCAAAGUACUGACCACAUCGGGCUGGAAUCCUCCACCUGGUCCUAGGAAGAUGUGCGGAGAUCUUCUUUAUUUACACGUGGUGACCCUUGAAGAUCGGCACUUCCACAUAACGGCCUGCCCUAGGGGCUUCUACCUCAACCAAUCCACCGAAGAAGUGUUCAAUCCUCGACCAGCUAAUCCGUCUUUACUUUGUCACUCGCUCAUUGAACUCCUGAGCAUCGUGUCGCCGGCCUUCAAACGGAACUUCGCGCUAGUACAAAAGCGGCGUAUGCAGAAACAUCCGUUCGAGAGGGUCGCCACACCAUACCAGGUUUAUCAGUGGGCCUCGCCUAUGCUCGAUCACACUGUUGACGCCAUCCGUGCUGAAGACACAUUUUCAUCGAAAUUGGGCUACGAAGAGCACAUUCCCGGUCAAACCCGAGACUGGAACGAGGAAUUGCAGACAACGCGCGAGUUACCAAGGUCCACUUUACCCGAGCGACUUCUGCGUGAAAGAGCCAUUUUUAAGGUCCACAGUGAUUUCGUUGCUGCCGCGACUCGAGGAGCCAUGGCUGUGGUCGAUGGUAACGUGAUGGCGAUCAAUCCAGGGGAAGAACCGAAGAUGCAGAUGUUCAUCUGGAACAAUAUCUUCUUCUCGUUGGGCUUCGACGUACGCGAUCACUACAAAGAUUUGGGCGGAGAUGCGGCGGCUUUUGUUGCUCCGCGCAAUGACUUGCAAGGCGUUCGAGUGUACAGCGCAGUAGACACCCCGGGGCUGCACACCCUGGGCACGGUGGUGGUGGACUACCGCGGGUACCGGGUCACGGCUCAGUCCAUCAUCCCGGGAAUACUGGAGAAGGAGCAAGAACAGAGCGUUGUAUACGGCAGCAUCGACUUUGGAACGACCGUACUCUCGCACCCUAAGUACAUGGAACUGUUGAGCAAAGCGGGACAGCAGUUAAAGAUAAUGCCCCAUUCAGUUAUCAGUGCGAAUGGCGAGGUUGUUGAGUUGUGCUCCAGCGUUGAAUGCAAGGGAAUUAUAGGGAACGACGGACGUCAUUACAUUUUAGACUUGCUGCGCACUUUUCCACCGGAUGUCAACUUUUUACAAUUGGAAGAUGACGAACUCAGAGAAGAUAUAAAAUCCAUGGGCUUCCCGAUUAUCCACAAGCACAAACUAUGUUGUUUGAGACAGGAGUUAGUCGAUAGUUUUGUUGAGGCUCGUUAUUUCAUGUUCAUUCGCUACGCCGCGUUCCACUUGCAACAGUUAAGCGCGAAGCGUCAGCGCGAUCAGAAUGAUGAUCAGAAGUCAAUCGAACCGAACAAGGAAAGCGAAAAGAAAGAUAAUACAGACGCAGAGAAGAAGAAGAGAGACAAUAAAAGCCAAGAGAAAGAGACCAAAGAUAAAAAGAAAAAGGAUGAAUCUAGUAGUGUUAAAAAAGAAGAAAGUAAGAAAGAAAUUGAAUUAAAUGAUGUUAAGAUUGAGAAAGGGAAAGAUGAUGAAUUAUUGUUGAACGAUAACUAUUCAGAAAUAGACACGGAUGUUGCCAAGAAAAUUGUUGAAAGCAUUACGGACUCAAUUUGCAGCGGAGAGAAACAGGAGAAUGACUUGGUGGCGGCGGCGGCGCGCGCGGUGGCCUCGCUCAAGGAGUCGGAGUUCGACGUGCGCUUCAACCCGGACGUGUACUCCGCCGGCAUCAAGCACGCCGCCGCGCCCGAGCACCUCGCCAAGCAACGGCACCUCGUCAAGGAAGCGGCCGCCUUCCUGCUCACCACGCAGAUCCCGGCCUUCGUGCGGGAGUGCGUGGAGCAGAGCGUGGCGCCGAUGGACGGCGCGGGGCUGACGGAGGCACUGCACGCGCGCGGUAUCAACGUGCGGUACCUGGGCCGCGUAGCGCUGGCCUUGGCCGCGCACCCCUCGCUCGCCUACCUGCACGCCAUCGCGCUCGCCGAUCUGCUGCUGCGCGCCGCCAAGCAUCUCUACACGGCCUACUUGCAGGGUUGCGAGCCGAUGUGCAUCGGUACAGCUGUAGCGCAUUUCUUGAACUGUUUGUUGGGGGCGUGUCCGACGCCUGGCAUUAGUCCGGCGGAGGGCGUGGCGGGGGGUCGGGGCGCGGGGCGCGGGGGUCGCGGGCGCCGCUCCCGCAAGCACGCGCACUCGCAGCCCGCCGCCUCGCCGCUCCCCGACUGGCAGAACCUCACGCCCAAAUCGCUCUUCGCUCAGAUUAAACAAGAGUUGAAGGCGUACUGGGGAUAUGAUCUUAAUGCCGAGAACAUGGAAUCUAUAAUCGAAAAACACAGUAUCCAGAAAAUAUCACUUCUCAGGUCCUUCGCACUAAAAGUAGGCUUGCAAGUUAUGUUAAGAGAAUACGACUUUGACAAUAAAAACAAGGCACCGUUUGCAAGUGCGGACAUUAUGAAUAUUUUCCCCGUCGUUAAACAUAUCAAUCCACGCGCUUCAGACGCGUACAAUUUCUACACGACGGGUCAGAACAAAAUCCAAGCCGGCGCCGUGUCCGAAGGUCACGAACUGAUCGCCGAAGCUCUGAACUUGCUGAACAACGUGUACGGCGCCAUGCACGGCGAGAUCGCGCAGUGCCUCCGCAUGGUGGCGCGCCUGUGCUACGUCACCGGCGAGCACCGGGAUGCCAUGGCCUACCAGCAGAAGGCGGUGCUUAUGUCCGAGAGGGUCAACGGCAUUGAUCACCCUUACACCAUUACAGAAUAUUCACAUUUGGCGUUGUACUGCUUUGCCAACGGUCAAGUGAGCACCGCAUUGAAGCUACUGUAUCGAGCCCGCUACUUGGCAUUGAUCGUUUGCGGCGAAAACCACCCAGAGAUGGCGCUGCUCGACAGCAACAUCGCGCUGAUCCUGCACGCGGUCGGCGAGUACGAGCUGUCGCUGCGGUUCGCGGAGCGCGGGCUGGCGGUGACGAGCGGCACGCACGGGCCGCGCUCGCUGAAGGCGGCGGUGGCGCGCCAUCUGCUCGCGCGCACGCUCUCCUGCCUCGGCGACUUCCGGGCGGCGCUCGCGCACGAGAAGGAGACCUACUCCAUCUAUAAGCAUCUGUUGGGCGAGAAGCACGAGAAGACGCGCGAGUCGUCGGAGUGUCUCCGUCACCUGACGCAGCAGGCGGUGGUGCUGCAGAAGCGGCUGGCGGAGGCGUACGCGCGCGCCCCGCACCACGCGCACCACGCGCCGCUGCACAUCCAGCCGCCCGGCAUGGCCUCCGUCAUCGACAUGCUCAACCUCAUCAACGGUAUACUCUUCGUGCAAAUCAGGUACAUAAAAACGUGA